AUGGCUGAGGUGACGCCGCAAGGUGUACAAUCUGCAGUCGGGGCUCCGACACCCCCAGUUUCCCAUCCACCCGUAAAGAUACCAAUGAAAGUACCCUAUGUGCUUCCCAAAGCCCCGGUCACUCAGCCAGUGUCUAAGAAGAUCCCUGCUCCGAAACAUAGAGUGAACCACAACGAUGAAGAUGACGAGGAUGCGGUGAUCCUUGGAGUUGCGGCUCCGGCCAAGAGGCCACGGGAAGAUAGUCAGAGGAAGCGGAGGUCAGCAGUUUCAGAUGACAGCAGCAGCAGUUACACCGACAGUGAUGAUGAUAAUAAUAACAGCAGCAGCGAUAGCGAUAGUAGUAGUAGCAGCAGCAGUAGAGGCGGUAACAGCAGCUCUUCGGUAUCCUCUUCUGGAAGCAAUGAAAGCAGUGAAAAAGGAUCCGGCGAUGAACUCACUCUCUUUCAGAUUGCAAAAGCGAAGGGCCUCGUCAAUGAACACACAACCAAGAAUUUGGAGGAGGAGGAAGAGGAAGAACUGGCACCCGUUGGGCCACCGCCACGACCACCGGUUGUGCGCUCGUUCCCCCAUGACAUUGAUGCGGCACUGCGGCGGUACGACGAACGCCUUAACCGUGAAGAGAACGUGAUCCGCAUCAAGGACGACAACAAGGCGGUAUCUCUGGGAACCAGCAAGAUCAACUACAUCGACCCCCGCAUUGUUUGCUCCUGGGCGAAAGAGCACAAUGUGCCCAUUGGGAAAAUCUUUUCCACGACAAUUCAGAAAAAAUUUCCGUGGGCCAUGGGUGCGGAGAACUUCUCUUUUUGA